CCUCGGCUUGAAAGUAUCAAGCACUCAUCCACAAUGCCUACCAUCCUGCUCCAGAACGCGACCAUACUUGUCCCGUCCGGCGAGGAUGUCGUGCCGCUUCACAAGCAUUCUCUGCUGAUCGAGGGAAACAAGAUCGCCCAGAUCGCGUCCCAGAUUGCACCCCCGUCAGCAGAGACCCAGGUUAUCGAUUGCACGGGCAAGAUCGUGUCGCCUGGUUUUAUCGAUACGCAUCAUCACCUGUGGCAGACACAGCUCAAGGGACGCCAUGCUGACCAUACUUUGUUGGAGUAUAUGCCCACUGGGAACAUGCAACAAGUGAAUUUUACCCCUGAGGAUAUCUUCUGGGGUGAACUCGCAGGAUGUCUGGAGGCCUUGGACGCGGGCACCACGACGGUAGUGGAUCAUGCGCAUAUGAAUGUUUCCGCCGCUCAUUCGAUAAACGGCCUUGAGGCCACCGUCUCAUCGGGAAUUCGGUCCGUCUUCUGUUAUACACCCACGGCCAAGCUCAAGGCAUGGAAGCCGGAAUUCGAAACGGAUGGAAACCUUCUUGACGACUGGGUAUUGGAGCAGCUGAAUGACCUAGCCGCUGCAGCUCCUUAUGGUGAUGGCAGGGUGCAGAUUGGUCUGGGCUUCGAUGGGCUCAUGCUUCCCCAAGAUACCGUGGUAUCACUGUACGACCGAGCCCGCAAAGCAGGAGUGAAGGUCAUCACUACGCACUACGUUCGGGGCCACUUCAGUGAUAAUUCUCUCGUCGACCUGCUCGACAACUAUGGGCUUCUUGGCCCGGAUAUCCUUUUCUCCCACGCGACUCAUCUUACCACCACCGAUGCUGAAAAGCUCUCCAAGGCAAAAUCUUGGAUCUCCUCCACCCCAGGUAGUGAACUGCAGAUGGCUCAUGGAUAUCCGGUGUGCUUCCAGGAGGGAUGCAGCGACAUCAGCUCUCUCGGAAUCGAUUGUCAUAGCAGCAGCUCCAGUGACAUGGCCACGCACAUGCGUCUUGCAUUGCAGAGCGAACGGGCUCGUCGUAAUGAGGAAGUGCUCGCCACUGGAAAGACUCCCCGCUCGCUGAGCCUUUCCGUGCAGGAUGUCUUCCGCCUAGGAACCAUCCAAGGUGCACGUGCCCUACGAAUGGAAGACAAAUUGGGGUCCAUCGAGGUGGGCAAGCUUGCCGAUCUUGUCAUCUUCGAUGGAAGGAGUCCUGGGAUGAUCUGUGCGAGUGAGCAGUACCCGGUGGCAGCGAUUGUUCUUCACUCUUCGGUCCGCGACAUUGACACCGUUAUCGUCGAUGGACAAAUCCGCAAGAGAGAUGGCAAGCUGGUUCCUGUGGAGAUUAACCCGUCCUUCUCAGAGGUCAAAGUACCUAAGCAAACCGCGGACUGGGGUAGCGUUGCACAGCAGUUGAUUGCGAGUCGGGAUAGGGUUGAGGACGCCAUGGUAAAGGCCGAGGCCACCGACUUUGAACACAUGGUUCCUGCAGCAAUCAAAUUGUUCCACGCCGACCCGAAUCGAUUUGUGUAAUGUGCCAUUACAUCGGACCAAGCAUGCUGAAUAGCACCUAUAUCAGACCCUCUCCUCUACCUAAAACAGGACAUUUCCACUGCAAUUGUACGAGUCAGGUUAUCUCCAUGCGGUUAUUCACCUACCUUAUGCCUCAGAGUCCAUAGACGGGGCUUUGAUGUUUAGCAAACCUUGGGUUAGAGACUCUCCAGACUCUGA